AUGGCCUCUUCCAAUUUUAAUGCACCUUCACCACUUAUUUUCACUGAAGAAAACUUUCCGAUAUGGAGUGUUAAAAUGAAAGCUUACUUAAGAGCUUUCGAUUUGUGGGAAGUUGUAGAUACCGGAAGUGAGCCACCAAAGUUAAGGACAAAUCCCACUACUGCACAAAUCAAUCAACAUAAUGAAAAAGUUGCUGAAAGAUACAAGGCAUUAUCUUGUAUACACUUGGUACUAAAGCUCUUGAGAGAGUUUGAAGUUUUGAAAAUGAAUAAUGAGGAAACUAUAAAAGGUUAUUUUGAUAAGGUUUUGAAGGAGCAGAGGAGAGCUUUGAGACAUGAAGACCAUGUUGAGGAAGCUUUAACGGCUCGAACCAGAGACAAAAGAAAUAGCAGCAAUAGUUCAAAGAAAUUUGAUGGUGAAAACAAAGAAAAAGAGAAGAAGAAUGUUGAUAAGAGACAAAGGAAGCAAAAACCUCAAUUUCCUCCUUGCUCAUAUUGCAAAAAGAGAAAUCAAACAGAAAAAUUUUGCUGUUAUCGACCGACCGUGAGGUGCAGGUCCUGCCAUCAACAAGGACAUGUGGAAAAAGAAUGCAAGAACAAGGGUUCAAGAGGAAAAGAAAAAGUUAUCGUGGUGGAAGAACGAGAAAUCGCUGAAGAAGUCUUGUUCAUGAUGAGAAAACCCGACUGCUCAAUAAAAAAAGGAGUUUGGCUCAUUGACAGUGCUUGCUCAAACCAUAUGACAGAUAAUGACAACCAGUUUAUUUCCUUGAAUAAAAGCUACAAGUCUACUAUUGAAAUUGGUAAUGGGGAUCUACUUCAAAUUUGCCGCUCGGGUACCGUGGGAGUUAAAACUGAAUCAGAAGACUUGGUCAUGUUAACUAUUAAGUCCUUGAAAUUUAUGGCCUCUGCGGGGCUUGUUAAUGAUCUUCCCUUGCUAUCCGAAAGUGAAGAGAUGCGUGAUACUUGCCUCCAUGGAAAACAGAACAGGCUACCUUUCCCAAAACAAAGUCUGUCAAGAGCUUUUAAACGCCUUCAAAUAGUACAUACUGAUGUUGGAGGACCUGUACAAACUCCAUCUAUGAAUGGGAGCAAGUAUUUUAUCCUUUGUAUUGAUGACUUUAGUCGCUAG